AGCGUCUCGAGUACGAAUACGGUUGUGCACUAAAAUUUGUGAACGAACGAACGUAGGGCAACUCGUGAAAUACACUCGUAAUACACCAACACUCUUAACACACUUGCUUAGAGGCGAAAUUAGUGAUCGCGAAAGGUGUGCGAGCAGCGACGAAGGAUUCAACGAUUCGGUGGAGUCAAGAAGAGAGUAAAAGAAAUUGCGCAGCGGUCGCUUAAAGGAUACUAGCAAAGGAGUAAUAAUGGAGAUUUUGUCCGUCAGAGUGUCGUUUGUCGCGUUGGUUGUGCUCGUUGCUUGUGUGCUGUUGGUGCAAGCACGACCACAGGCGCCAGAGCAACCAGAGCCGUAUGAAUACCAAUAUGAGGUUAAGGAUGCCGAAAAAGAACUGUUCUUUAACAAAAACGAAGCAGGCGAUGCUGCUGGAAAGGUGUCUGGUCAAUACUCUGUGUGGCUGCCCGAUGGCCGGCUUAUGACCGUUGCCUACACAGUGGAGGGGGAGAAUGGCUUUGUGCCUAAAGUGACGUUCGAUACAACAAACCCAUUGGGUUAGAAAGCGGCUGAAACAAGAUAUAAAAAUACGCAACAACAAGAAAACGCAUAUCAAGGAGUACAAUCAAUCAAACAAUCAAAUGGAAAAUGUGGAAAAUGUUAAAAGGCAUGGUGAUGGUAUAAAUACAACAACAAUAAAAUCAAUUAGAAUUUUUUUAGGAGAAAACGAAAAAUAAAUAAAUAUUUAGUUAAUUAUUAGCUAAGUGGUAAUAUGCAGAAAAUAGCGAAAUAUUGCAUAUUAAGAAAGCAACAACACACACACAUACAUACACAUAAAUAUGUAUGUAUGUCCAGGGCGACAAACGCAAACAGACAUAGGUACGCAAAGGCAUAAAUACAUGUAUGUAUGGCUAAACACUUAUGGAGGACUUAAGCAUUAACAUUGAAUUAAAAGGCUUGUGUGCAGCAACAACAAUAAGAAGAAAACUACAACUUCUUCGCCAUUAAAAUGAAAUUAACUUUUAAAUGCGAGCAUUGUAAAUAAAAUUUUAAAUAUACAUACAUACAUAUGUAUUUUUCGCACUUAUCGACGUGCACACAUAUGUAUGCAUAUCUUUUCUCAUUCUGUCAAUUUCUACACUUUAGUUACAUGAUGUCUUCAACUAUAUUUUAUAACUUUUUUACAUAUGUUAACAAUUAUACUACGAUUUUGAUAUUGUUAAUUUUAUAUAAUACUACAUAUACAUAUAUAUAUUUGUAUUAAAUGUACAUCAUCUUCUUCGCUUUAUGCGCGGAAAGCGUUCACUAUGUACCUUUUGACAAUACAAAUCAAAAAAUAGCAAUAAUUGCAAACAUGCAAAUCGAUAUUUGUUACCGUUACACAUAAGAAUGAAUGGAAAAUGGCUCAAUUAUAAAGUAAUAAAGGAUUUCAAAUUAAAAGAGACCACUAAA